AUGUGGCCAGAGGCUGUGGGUUGCCGGGAGGCCGUGGGCCGGGGAGAGGAGAUGCUGGUUGUUCCGUACAGGGUGCCUCCCAAGCCUGCGAUCUGGGCAAUCCUGCUGGCUCUGCUGGGAAUGGCGCCAGGCCAGUCGGGGCUCCGCACCUGCAGCGUCCCUGACGUGCUCCGCCACUACCGCGCCGUCAUCUUGGAGGACCUGCAGGCGGCUGUGAGGCAGGCUGGGCCAGGGGCAGAGUGGCCGGGGCCAGGCUCCCCACACCUCCCUUUCAUUCACAAAAACCUGACUGGAGCCGCGGGCCCUGGAUGGCGGGGGCUGGGGGGAGCUGUCUGCAGUGCCCAGAAGGAGCGCGGUAUCCUACUGUCUAUCGCGUCCCUGGGUCGGACCCUGCGCAGGGUGGUGGCCCGGGGCCGCCGCGGGGCCCUGGAGAAGGCAGCGUGGACCGUCGCCUUGCGCACCGAGGCGGUGAUGCGGCGCCACUGCGGGACGCUGAGCCAGCGGAGCCGGCGGCCCAAGACGCGCCCUCCCCGGAGUCGCCGCGGCCGGAGGCGGCUCCUCGUGCGCGCCCUGGACGCCGUCGCCACCUGCUGGGAGAAACUCUUCGCGCUGCGGGCGGCGGCCCCCGGGGGUCCCUAG